AUGGACAGAGAGCCCGGAGUUCAAAUUCAUGACGAGAGAGUCGAGCAUCAGGCCCACGAAGAGCAACACAAUUUCUUGAUUCAAGGUGAAAUCGGGGUUGGCAUCGUCCUCGGCCUCGGUGGCGUCGACAGUAAAGAACGGAGCCGACUGGACCUACAGCAACCAAUCGCCCUCCGCAUCUUCGACAACGAACCCGGCCGGGCCUCCGUUUCCAAGCCGCAUCGCGUGCUCGACAUCGGAACUGGCAUGGGCAUCCGCGCUACCGAUACAGGAACCCGGAGUCGGAAGUUCUGGGCACUUGACCUCAGCCUAAUACAGCCCGAGUACGUGCCGACCAACUGCCGCUUCGAGAUCGAGGAUGCCGAGGACAAACGGGCCGUUGAGCAACAGUUGAGGAAGUUUGCCAUGCCCUCGUCCCACCUGGGCCCGGGGCAGGAGCUAGAAGAUGCCGGACGCGAUGCAGACAACGGACAAGCCCGAGAGGGUGCAGGGCAUCACGAGGAAGAUCUUCACGCGGGUGCUGGGCUGGUCGCGCGAGGGAACGGAGCUGUUGUUCGUGGAGGUGAGGAAGGACAUGGCGGACAGGAACAUUCAGGCGUUCAUCACAAUGUGAUUCUCCCUCGCCGCGGCGGCGUCGUUUGGAUUGAUAAGCUGGGCUGA